AUGAAAUCUGAGCCAGAUUAAAUAAUGGAAAAAAGCCCAAAGGGACGCUUUAUUAGAGUAUUAAAAUAACAAUGCUAAAAGGCAGUUUAAUGAACAAAUCGGGAAAGGCACAUAUAAGACUGUUUAUAGAGGAUAUGAUGAAGAAUCUGGGUGUGAGAUUGCUUGGAAUGUGAUUCAUUUAGAUCAAUUGCCACAGUGUAUCAUAAAUUAAAAUUUGUAUUUUAGAAGAGGAAAGGAAAAGAAUAUCUGAGGAACUUAGUAUACUCAAUAAUAUUAAGCAUCCAAACAUCAUAAGCUUUAUUAAUGCUUGGGUAAGCAAGAAUAAAAGCGAAGUUAUUUUCAUUACAGAAAUAGUUCACGGAGGAUCACUAAAGAAGUAUUGAAAUAAUUGAGCCUAGGCAUUUGAGAAAAAUUUAGCGACCUAGAUUAAAAAUACUAAAACAUUGGUGUAGGGAAAUUUUGAAGGGCUUAGAAUACUUGCAUAGCAUCGUGCCUUAUCCAGUGAUUCAUAGGGAUAUUAAAUGUGAUAACAUCUUUAUUAACACUCACAAUAAUCAAGUCAGAAUAGGUGAUUUUGGUUUGGCCAUAAAAUUAAAAUAAUCAGAUUUCACCUAAUCUGUAUUAGGAACACCUGAAUUUAUGGCUCCAGAGAUAUAUGAAGAGAAGUAUGGUCCUUCUGUUGAUAUAUAUGCGUUUGGCAUGACUUGCUUAGAGAUGGCUACUCAAAAAAGACCAUAUGAGGAAUGUACAGCACCUAAUCAAAUUUAUUAAAAGGUAACAAUUUAAAGAAUUUACUAAGGUUAUGAACAGAAUAAAACCCAAAUCUUUGGAUUUAAUCUAAAAUUAAGAUUUAAAAGAUUUUAUAUUAAAAUGUUUAGAAGAUUAAGAAAAAAGACCAACCGCUACAGAAUUACUCAAUGAUAAAUUCUUAUAGGAAUAAGAGGAUGAUCAUUAACAUGUUGUCAUUUUAGAAGAGGAAUAAUCAGAAUAGAACUUAUAAAGUGAGGCACUUAAAUACAACCCUGUUUUUAGAGAAUAAUUAGAUUUUAAUAAUUCAAUUUUGGUUUAAUUAAAUGAUGGGGAUGAAAUGCAUAUCAAAAUUACUUUUGUAGAUUAAUCUGCUUAUAAUUAAGAGUUCUAAGAGUUCACUAAACUUGUUGUUUAAAAAUAUUCAGAUCUUCAAGAUAAUUAACAAUUUGUAUAAUUUUAAGAACAAAGUAAGUGCUUAUAUAAAUUUAGUCAUUAAAUUUGGUGGAGUUGAAAAAGUUUUUUGGGUUAAACCAAGUGAAGAAUCUAAAAAGAUUAUGAAAACUUAAUUUCUGUAAUCACUCGAAUCAUUUCAACAAGUAUACAUACUUAUUUAUAUAGACAAUAUCACCUCUUUUAUAGGAUGUCGACAUAAAUGAAUGGGAAUUGAUUGAAUAAUAACUUUUAGUGUAAUUUUAACAAUAAAGAAAGUAAAUCAAAUCAAAAUAGCCAAUUUGA